GUUAACUCCCUACACCUGUAAAGAGGGGGUUAACUCAUUAUACCUGUAAAGAGGGGGUUAACUCCCUUCACCUGUAAAGAGGGGGUUAACUCAUUAUACCUGUAAAGAGGGGGUUAACUCCCUAUACCUGUAAAGAGGGGGUUAACUCCCUACACCUGUAAAGGUGCCCCGCCUUCUUUCUGUACGAUUGUAUAUCUAUGCCGUAAAUGUUUUUGAUUUAUCACUCAUCUUCCCUUUUUCCCCCUCUUUCGUGGUUUAGAAAGGACUUGUCCCCAUGACCCUGCUGGACCCAGUGGAUGUCAACAAGUCCAAAGGCAGAAAAAAAAAUAAAGUUCUUCUUUGAGUUUCUAAUUUUAUCGCAUUUGUAGGUUUUAGUAAGACAAUGAAGCUAUUUCCAUAGUGCUGAACAGAAUGUGACAAUCCAGCAACUUCAGGUGUUUAAUCUCAUCUGGGUUGUUCUCUCAACGUUCAGUUUUAGAGUAAUGCUUAACAGAGCUGUAUUUUAACUCUCCUCCUCUACCCACAGACAGUGAAAACAUUUGUAGGCCUAUUCAUGUGUAUCAAAGCUGCACCUGCUUAACACUGUGAAGGACAGACAGGGUUGUUGAAUACCCUUGGAUUUGAACAAUGAGUGGAUGAGGUGUCACAAGAGGAAUAGCAAUUAUAAACCCAGCCUGUCUGGAUGUUUCACUGCUUUAAUGGAAGGCACAGAGAGCGGUGUUACCUUGACUACUCUGGUUGUGUCCUCCACAGAGUAUUCCCAGUGGGAUCCCCCUCCCACCGGGGCUCAUGCCGCCCACUCGCCCACAGAGCCAGCUUAGCCACGAAGAACCUCCACAGGAGAGGCCUGAUAGAGAGGCAUCUCCACCCUCCUACCUACCAACCACCUCCACCCAGGUACCCAUCCACGGUGGACAGUCCUACUGAGCUGACCGAGGACCCUCUGGCCAACUGUACCAUUCUCUACCAGAUGGUGGCACUGUGUGACUAUGCAGCUGAGGGACCAGAGGAUUUGGAGUUCAGCGAGGGAGACACUAUUGACAUUCUCAGUGAAGAAGCUUGCCCCUGCCCCGAUAGUUUCAGCACCACCGCGGAUGGGACAGCUCCCCUGUCUUUCAUGCAGGGGGAGGCUGUUGGAGAGAUCCGCGAAGUGACACUGAGACGCAGCAAGAGCAAUGAGGGCUUAGGGUUCAGCAUCCGGGGAGGUUCUGAGCACGGUGUGGGAAUCUAUGUGUCGCUAGUAGAACCCGGAUCUUUUGCCGAGAAUGAAGGACUGAGGGUCGGGGAUCAGAUAGUGACUGUUAACGGCAUGCUGUUUGACAGAGUCUCACACAUGGAGGCAGUCAAGGUCCUGAAAGGCUGUAAGAAGCUGGCCAUGUCAGUUUGUUCAGUGGGCCGGAUCCCCGGGGGGUAUGUCACCAACAACAUUUAUGCCUGGGUGGAUCCUCAUGGCCGCAGUGUGUCCCCUCCCUCCGACUUGGAGCAGCAAAGCACCCUGGGACCACAACACAGCCAGAGACGUACAGGACACACACAGGAGAAGACAGUAAACCUGAACCUGGACGAUGGUCUCUCUCUGGGCCUGAUGAUCAGAGGAGGGGCGGAGUAUGGCCUGGGUAUCUACAUCACUGGGGUAGACCCCGGCUCAGCUGCAGACCACGGGGCACUCAAGGUGGGCGACCAGUUGCUGGAGGUGAAUGGGCGGAGCUUCGUGGCCAUCCCCCAUGACGAGGCGGUGAGGAUCCUGAAGACGUGUCGUCACCUGCUGGUGAGGGUGAGGGACGUUGGCCGCGUGCCCCAUGCCCGCACCGUGGUGGACCAGACCAAAUGGAUCAGCAGCCCCAUCACCCCUAGCCCACCGCCCAUAACAGAGAGCACCGCCAGCCCAGCCGCUACACGGUGA